AGGCCGCUGUGCGGGACCAGGGGGUGGGGAAACCGGGCCGAACCCUCCCGACACGCGGCAAAAUCGAAUGUGUGCCGUGCAGCCCAGCAGCGGCAAAUCCGAGGCAGUGGGAUUGCCACAAGUUGGAGGCCGGCCUGGGCCACAAGAAUAAACGACUGGGGGGAGUUGGACUUCGGGGUCGGGGGGCUUUGGUCACAAGGACGGGCUUCCGGGCACGGAGGUGGUGUGGGAGCACGGACACGGAUUUAACGGUUACGCUCGCCAGCCAGGGCCGGCAGGGGCUGCAGCCCACACCGCGACCUGCCACCCGCCUGUCGUCGGAAGCAGCCCCGGGGCCGAGGAGAAGGACGGACGCCAUCGGCUGGGUGACCACGGGACAGCCCGGUCCAGGUGAACCCUGCAGACAAGUGCUCCAAACACAGGACUGGAGGCGGACGUGGAGGAGCCGACUGACCCCGUCCCGGGACCGCUCAUCGGCUUGUGGGAGGUCACCUCCUGGGCAAGGGGCUGCAGCACUUCCUCUGACCCCUACUGAGCAGGUGGUGCAUCCCACUCUUCAUCACCAACGGAGGAAGGGCUGGUUACCUUCUGUGUAUCCUGCUGUCACUGCUGCUCUGGCUGGCGGCCGCCUGACUUCUUGCCCCAGAGUGGCAUUGGCGCUGUUUCAGAUCCCUGCGGUAGAGGCGAAGACGGGCCGAGCCCAUAGCAGCAUCGCAUGGAGAACAAACCAUACCAACGAGUCGACGGCGACAUCAUCAAAUAUGCAGGCCGCCAAACCUAUGACUCUGCAGACAGGCAGCAAGGCCAGGCCAGGCAUCUGAGCCCCUCACUCGGACUUGGUGAACAGGUAUCGGUAACAGGUGAACAGGUAUCGGUAACGCCGGUGUUACCGCAACAAUGUGUCGUCCCUCCUGACCCCUUACCUGUCCUUCCUGCUUUGAAUGGCGGUCCUUUGGUAGUGGACAGACCCUGUGAACAUGAAGAUGGCUCCAGCCAGGCCGAGGCUCCCGCUGUGCCCUGUAGUGUCCCAGAUGCAGGCGGACCGAGUGCAGGCACAAGGUCCAAGAAAGCCUCCAAGAACCAGAAAGUGCCUCUCGCCGGCGGACACGCGUCACCUCCCUGUGAGGGCUGUGGGGGUUGUCCUUCGUGCCAGCCCGCGGGGACGGACACCGAAGUCCAGGAGAGCGCCUGCAAGCGUCCGGACUCCAGGAAGAAACCUGAGAAAAGCAAACCGAGUCCUAGCAGGACAAAGAUCCUGGAAUGUAAACGAUGCAGGACUGUGUUCUCCUGUCCCCGCGCCCUUAAGAGACACAUGCGAAGUCACAAGGGCGAGAAGCGUCACGCCUGUGACACCUGUGGGAAGGCCUUCAGCUUCCACUCCUACCUCCAGCGGCACAUGAGGACGCACACCGGGGAGCGGCCCUUCGGGUGUGAGGAGUGUGGGAAGGCCUUCCGGUCCCCCUCCCACUUCCGGGAACACAUGAGGCUGCACAACGGAGAGGGCCUCCGCGCGUGCCCCAAGUGUGGGAAAGCCUUCACGUGCCAGUCGUCCUUCCGCGACCACAUGAGGACGCACACCGGGGAGCGGCCGCACGUGUGCCAGCGCUGCGGCAAGGGCUUCUCGUGCUACUCCUCCCUCAGGGAGCACGGGAGGUCGCACAGCCAGGAGAAGCCCUACGAGUGCAAGGAGUGUGGCCGCGCCUUCCGCUACCCCGCGUCCUUGAGGGCGCACUCGAGGAAGCACGCCGGGCUCGAGUCCCUCCUGUGCGAGAAAUGCGGGAAAACCUUCAGCGGCGAGGCCUACUUCCAGACGCACCUCAAGAUGCACAGCGGGGCGCGGCCGUACGCGUGCGCGCAGUGCGGGAGGAGCUUCGGCUUCUUCGCCUCCCUGCGCAUCCACGUGGGGACCCACACCGGCGAGAGGCCCUAUGAGUGCCCGCAGUGCGGGAAGGCCUUGGCCUCCCGGUCUUCGCUUCGUGAGCACGUCAGGACACACAGCAGCGAGAAGCCGUAUGCCUGUGAGCUGUGUGACAAAGUCUUCAGUCACUCCCAGUAUUUUCACAAGCACAUGAAAUCCCACAAGGACGGGCGGCCCUACCUGUGCAGCAGGUGCGGGAAAGCGUACCGCUCUUCCUCGUCCCUCCGUGCACACGUGAGGACACACACCGGGGAGAGACCCUACGAAUGCAAGCAGUGUGGGAAAGCCUUCAUGUCUCUCCCAGCCCUUCUAGGACACAGGAAAAUUCAUGCUAGAAAGAACACUUAGGAGGCCACCGCUGGAGUGUGGCCCUGUGAUGGGGUGUCAGACACGCAUAGCCCAGGGUCUUGGGCUCAGCCCACACAGGUAGAUCACCAUGGGUGUGAAAAGUGUCUUCUGGUGAGUGGAGAAAAGCACACUGGGAAGAAACAUCACUUGGAGGACUCAGGAAAACCCUGGCUGUGUGACCUCAUCUGUUCUCUUUUUUCUUCUCCUUCUCUUUCUUCUCCUUCUUCUUCUCCUCCUCCUCCUCCUCCUCCUCCUCCUCCUCCUCCUCCUCCUUCUUCUUCUUUUU